GUUGCUAUAAAAAUCAUUGAUAAAACUCGACUGGAUGAAUCUGACCUUACGAAGAUUAACCGAGAGGUUCAGAUCAUGAAGCUUUUGAAGCACCCACACAUAAUCAAGCUCUACCAGCCAGCAGCGCAGCAGUUUAAAGUGAGCUUACGUUAUCCUAAUGCACCGUGACUUUCCCAUGGUUGCCGCUUCCUCCCUACACUGGUCUCUCAGGAGUAUGUGGAAGAGGGAAAAUAAUGACCUCACAAUGGAAAGGUCAUACAACCGCUUUUUCAAUCAUUUAGUUUCGAGUUCAUUUAGAAGCAUACGUUUUGAGUUACAUAUGUCACUUUUUAUGGGCAUUUUGACUUUUUAAUGAGCAGAGAAGUAGAAAGGAGAAUGGGAUCAGACGAGGAUUCGGGAUUCUCUUGAGAAACGGCUCUUUGGCGGCAAACUGCACGCACACGACUCCAAAAAGUUGCAAUUUUGAUACUUUACGAAAUUUGGAUUCUUCAUGACCCUCUGAAGAAUUCGUGUUUUUACUUUUUUGGAAAUUGUAGGUUAUGGAGACCAAAGACAUGCUGUACAUUGUGACGGAGUACGCCGAGAAUGGAGAGAUGUUUGAUUAUCUGACUUCAGUGGGUCACUUAAGUGAAUCGGAAGCUCGCUGUAAGUUCUGGCAAAUCCUUGAUGCUGUGGAAUACUGUCACAAGCGUCACAUUGUACACAGAGACCUGAAAGCAGAAAAUCUACUCCUAGACAGUAACAGGAAUAUAAAACUGGCAGACUUUGGUUUUGGGAAUUUCUAUGUUCCUGGUGUAUCUUUGUCUACCUGGUGUGGGAGUCCUCCCUAUGCUGCCCCAGAGGUCUUUGAGGGGAAGGAAUAUGAGGGACCAUCCUUGGAUAUCUGGAGUCUGGGAGUACUGCUGUAUGUAUUGGUUUGUGGCACACUACCCUUUGAUGGCACCACUCUUCCUGCCCUAAGAAGAAGAGUUACUGAUGGACGCUUCAGAGUGCCAUUCUUCAUGUCACAAGACUGUGAAAGCCUCAUAAGGAGAAUGUUGGCUGUUGAUCCUGCCAAGAGAUUCAGUGUGGCACAAAUCAAACAGCAUUGCUGGAUGCAGGCUGAUCGUUCGGUUAUAUGUCAGACCCUUUCUUCGUCUUCCUGCCCUGAAGCUCAGGAAACUUACAGUGAUGAAGUUCUAUGUAUUAUGCAGACAGUGGGCAUUGACAGGAAGAGAACCGUAGAGUCUCUUCAGAACAGUAGCUUCAACCACUUUUCUGCUAUCUACUGCCUGCUGUUAGAAAGAGUGAUGAAGCAUCAAGCACUGCAGCAAAGCAGACUGGGAAGUGAGAGUCUGAAAGAGUCUCCUCGGGGGACGGUGCUGCCUCUGGAGGAGGAUCUCGGCUCACUACAGUAUACCUGCUCCUCUUCUGCUGCCUGUCAGCUGGACACUGCAGCAUAUGAAGUGUCACAGGUGGGCCAUUUGAAAGAGGAGGAGAAAGGGGAUCAAGCCCUCGACGGUGUUCCUGUGGAGUCAAGAAAAUCACAGAGACGCAUUUCCUCAGAUGCCUCUGCAUCCCAGACGUUUUCCUGUUUGCCAAGUAUUGUCAUAGAUCACGUAGACGGCUCUACCUCAGACUGCUGCCUCAGGUCCAGUGCUCAUGCUUCUACUAGUUCUUCCACCGCCGUCUUCAACCCAUUAGAGAUUAACACUGACACCAGAGGUCACAUGACUCAGGGAUUACAUCCGUAUUCACCAGGAAAUCCUGGUUCUUGUUCAUCCACCCUUGGGUACCAGAGUUGUCUUCCUCUACCCAGCUUUCAAGAAGGAAGGAGAUCCUCGGAUUCCUCACUUAUACAAGGUGUGAAGGCUUUCCCAACUCAUUUGAGAAAAAAUGUCCACAUUAAGGGUCAGUUGAGUUGGAAUGGAAUUAAGCAGCCUGUGCGUCAAACAUGCAUCCUAGAGAACAAUCCACAAAACGGUAGUACGUCAGUGGUUUUGACAAACCCUCCAUGCUCCCCAGCGGUGCAACCUUUAAGAAAAGAAAGGUUGGUUCCUCGGUUCCUGUCGGUACAGCCUGCUCAUUCCUCUGCAGGUCCACCUCAGUAUGAGAGGAUUCCCAUCAGUCACUCCUCCUGCUUCCCACCACACUCCGCUCGGUCUUCCUCCGCUCUGGCAUCAGCCACACAGCUUCUUGAAACUCGACUGCAGAUUAGUCCACAAUCUCAGCCUCUGCCUCAGGCUGGGCUUCUUCACAUUGGCACUGUAUUAACCUCAGUUAAGAGACAAUGAUUUGAUCCAUUGUCUAUCCACAGUUUAGUAUUUGUGUAGUGUGCACUUUGUAGUGCUUGAGAGUUUCAGAGUGAACAGGUUUAUAGAUUCAUCAUAUUGUUUUUGUCAUGAUAGCAGUUUAGAUAUUCUCAGUCAAGCAGUGUAAAUAAAUACAUUAUUAAACAUCAAUUCAACAUUUUA